AUGAGUGUUUUUAAUCGUCGCGCAAGUACAGUUAAUUUAAAUCAAUUGGUAACAAAUAUUCCAGUACGACGAAAAGCAGCUGAUCAAGUUGAACGAGAUAAAUUUGAAUGGAGUCAAUGGCAAAGUGCAACAAAGGCUAUUAAUAGUAUUGAAUCACCAGCUAAAGAAAAACAUGUUCGAAAUCUUAUACUUGGUACUUUUCGACUCGAAGGUGGACGUCUUUUUUGGGCAAUGAUGACACGACUUCAAUUGGAAUCACAUCCGAUUGUCUGUUGGAAAUUUUGCUAUGUUAUGCAUCGAAUUUUAAGAGAUGGACAUAAACAUGUCGUACAUGAUUCUGUUCCAUUAGCACCAUAUUUUGAACAAUUAGGCAAAUUCUGGAGCGCUUUACGACAAAGUUAUGGUGUAAUGACAUAUCGUUAUUGCCGUUUAAUGAUAUCAAAAUUAACAUUUCAUGAACGAAAUCCAACAUUUUCGGGAAAUUUAUCAAUUGGUGAACAAAAUGAUAUUCGACGUAUAUUUAAUGAUAAUUUAGAUGCAUAUUUUCAAUUAUGUAUUGAAUUACUUGAUUAUAUGGAAGAAUUAUUAGGUCUUGUUGAAGUUGUUUUUACAUCACUUGAUCAAUCACGCGCUAAUUCAAUGACAACAGCUGGUCAAUGUCGUCUUCAUCCACUUAUUCUUUGUAUACAAGAUUCAAGUAUUCUAUAUGAUUAUAUCGUUAAAGUUCUUUUUAAACUUCAUGAUAGUUUACCUGGUGAUACACUUCAAGGACAUCGACAAAGAUUAAUCGAACAAUUUCGAAGAUUAAAACGUUUCUAUGAACAAUCAUCAACAUUGCAAUAUUUUAGAGAUUUAAUCAAAGUUCCGAGUUUACCUGAUCAACCACCAAAUUUUAAAUUAAAAGAUGAUAUUAAAAAUUAUCAAACACCAGUUGCUAUUAUACAUACACCACCACCGGAACCAACACAAACUAUUGAUGAUAUUCUUAUUGAUACAAGUGAUGAUACAAGAUCAAUAUCAAAUUUUCCAAGUAAUGAUGAUUGGGCGGCACCCAAUGGAUAUGUAAAUUUACCUGAUCGAUCAACAGAAAUUACUGAUUUGGAACAAAGAUUAUUAAAAUGUGAUAUUAUGUUACGAGAAAAUCGUUCUGAAACAGAUGAAUUACAUCGACUUAUUGCUGCGAAAGAUACUGAACUAGUUACGGAACGAAAUCAUCGUUUACAACUUGAAGAUCAACUUCGUCAACAAUUAGAUAAUCAACGACGUGUAGAAGAAAUGCAUAAACUUGAAAAUAAAUCAAAUUCCGAUGAAAAAUUUAAUAAAUUGCUCGAAGCUUAUAAUAAAUUACGUGAAGAACACAUUGUUGUUUUACGUCGUGAAGGUGAAGUUAAAAAACAAUUAGCAAAUUUAAAUCAAGAACAUACACAAUUAAAAGAAGCUCAUCAAAAAAUGAGUAAUGAAUUUAAUCGUAUUAAAACCGAUUAUGAACAAUUAAAAAUACAUAAUCAUGAAGAACUUAAUCAAGAAAUUACUCAAUUACGACAAACAAAUGAUGAAAAUCAGAAAAAUUUAGAAGAAGUUCAAUUAAUAAAUAAAACACUGGAAAGUACUAUACAAAAUAAAACAAAUGAGUUUAAUGAUAAAGUUAACAUCAUUCAACAUGAAUUUGAGGAAGUUAAACAAAAAGAUCAAGAUUUAUUAAAUACCAUUGAUCAGUUAAAAACUAUAAAUUCCACUAACGAUACUAAACUAAUUGAAUCGAAUGAUAUUAUAACAGAUUUAAAGCAUGCAAAUGAGGAAUUACAAGAUCGAAUACAAGCAUUAACAACUGAACGUAAUGAGAUUCAAAUUACAACACAGACAACAACUGAACGUAUUAAACAAAUUGAACAUGCUAAACAAAGUGCGGAAGAACGAUUUAAAGAAUUGGAAAGUGAAAAAUCAUUAAUUAAUAAUAAAUUAGAAAAUGAAAAAUUAGAAUUCGAAAAACAAAUACAAGAUGCUAACCUUGAUCGUCAAGAUUUAUUAGAUAGAAAUCGAGAACAUGAAGAAAGUUUAAUUGAUUUAGUUCAUGAGAAAGAAGAACUUGAACAUAAAAUUUCUGAAUUAGAAGCCGCAACACGUGAAUGGGCAACUAAAUAUGUCAAUAUAACUGAUAAUCAAAAAUCUGUACAAACAAAUUAUACAAAUAUGAUGAAUAAUUUAAAACAACAAUAUAAAUAUUCAAUUUUAACAUUUUGUAUUAAUCAAAUGCAUGAUGGAAUUGAACGUACGAAAGAUAUUGAUUUAUUAAAUUGUAAAAGUGGGGCUGAAUAUCUUCUAUCGAAACUUCGAAUGGCGGUUGCUAACGCAAAGACAACACAAGAUUUAUGGAAAAAACAACUUACUGAAGAUGAAUCGACAUUUCCAUUCUUGAACGAAUGUAUUACAUUAUCGAAUUCUAUGGUUGAUAUUGUUGUACAUGGAAAAGCUACAUCAAAUCUCAUACAAGAUGUUGAUCAAAGUGUUCUCGUAGCUGACAAUUGUCGUGAUGCUACUCUUCAAUGUAUUGAUCUUUAUUCAAAUUAUCAAGCUUCAUCGACAGAUACUGAUUUUGAUAAACAAUCGAAUGAUUUAAUUCGUCGUUUAAAUUCUCUUAUUGAGAAAACAACAACACUUUUACCUAAAGUAUCUGAUAUAAGUAAAGAAGAAUUAGGUGAUCUUGUUGAAAAAGAACUUCAAUUAACUCACGAAACAAUUGAUGAAGCUGUUCGACAACUUGAAGCAAUGAUGGCUAAAUCUCGUGAACAAGAUACGGGUAUUAAAUGUGAAGUCAAUGGACAAAUACUUGAUUCAUGUGGUAAAUUAAUGCAAACAAUUAAAGUUUUAAUUAACAAAGCACGAGACCUUCAAAAAGAAAUUGUUGGACAAGGACGAGGUACUGCAAGUGCUCGUGAAUUUUAUACAAAAAAUCAUAAAUGGACCGAAGGUCUCGUAUCAGCAGCGAAAAAUGUUGGUGUUAAUGCAAAAGUUUUAAUUGAAUCCGCUGAUCAUUUAUUAGGUGGUACCGGUAAAUUUGAAGAAAUUAUUGCUUGUUCACAAGAAAUAGCUGCAGCAACAGCACAACUUGUUGCAGCUUCAAAUGUUAAAGCUGAUCGUGAAUCGAAAAAUCGUGAAGCGCUUUCACAAGCAUCUAAAGCAGUUAAUUCAUCAACGGCACAAGUUGUUGCUACAGCGAAGAAUUGUGCAGCAAUUAUUGAAGAAAAGAGUACAAUGGAUUUCAGUUCAUUAAGUCUUCAUCAAACAAAACGAAAAGAAAUGGAUGCUCAAGUUAAAGUACUUGAAUUAGAAAAAGCAUUAGAACAAGCUAAAAAACAAUUAUAUACAUUACGAAAACAACAUUAUCAAAUGGCCGGUGAAGAUGCUGGUUGGGAUCAAAACUUACGUGAAAAGAUAAGAGAAUACUUGUGUGGAUAUUUUAGUUCGAAAGCACAAAGUAGUGCAUAUGAUAUCGCUAUUUAUGGAGCUAUACUUGCUGGUAUUUCUGCAGCAAUUACAGCAGCUCGAGUAUCAUCUUCUUUUUCAAUUGUUAUAAUUGAACCGACAGCUGAUAUUGGUGGAAUGUCCACAGCUGGUGGAAUUGGUUUACGAGAUCUUGGUGAUCUUGUUCGAUUUUCAGGUGCUUCAUUUACAUGGGGUAGAGAAUCACGUAAUCAAUAUAAUGAACCAUUAGCUGGUUUUUAA